UGGAUUUUGAAUUCUAGUUGAGGGAAAAUUUGGGAAAAUGGUGGAUUUUUCCUUUGUUAAUGAACCAGAUCCUUCUGUUUUAUCCAUUAUUAAGCAAUACUACACUCAGACAAACGGAAACAAUGGCGGAAACUACUGCGACUAUGAUAUAUUUUGUCUCCAUUCCAAAGCCUCGACACUCCGAUCAAUUCAAGGCAGGACGGCGAAUUGCUCCAUUCACGAUGGGGUUCUCGACUCUUUGAUCCUCAUCGAUGAACUGGACCGUCGGCGAGGUGUUCCCCCUUCUGAUGCCAUGCGGGAAGCCUUUUGCGCCGUUGCUGUACACCUUACGCUCUGGUGGUUACCCGUCUCGUGGGACGACUAUCACGAUGCGGUACGGAGGAUUUGGGGAAAGAAAAUUGGGAAUUUAGAGAUGUCUGAUGCCUCUGGCCUUCUUUCUACUGGUUUAGGUAAAUGGAGGAAGGAGAUCGAAGAGGCACUAUGGGAUCGAGAGACCACUAGGAGGCUGUUAGGUAUUAAUACUCUUGAUGAAGCGCUGCGCCUAAUUCGAGUUUAUUUAAAGGAGGCCUGCCGUCGAUUUCCAGGGGAUCCCACUGUUGCUGAUGACGUUGCCUAUGUUCCUGCUUCUGCUGCUACUGAAGGGAACGAGAUUUUGAGGGCAAAUUCUCACACGAAACAUAAGCUGCAUUCUUCCCGCGUGCAACAUAAAAUUGCUGGCUUACAGGAGGACCAGCCUUCUUGCACAAAAAAUGACUCUCAAUCUGAUUCUGAUUUUAAUGGACUGCAGAAAGUUCCAUUUAAAGCUAUGACUGGUGCGCUGGUAGAUGAAGUAAAUGAUUCCCUCUCUGAAGCAUUGGAUGAUGUUGAAAUGGUUGCCUCUGGCACGAAAAAUGAAACAUCACAUGUUGAAGGCAUUGAAGAAGACUCCGAUAAGGACAUUGGUGAUCCUGCUAAUUGUUGCACUGACAAAGGAAAACGAAUUUUGGCAGUGAAUUCUCGAACAAGAUGUGACCCUAGUUCUUCACGUGGGCACUGUGAACGACCUGCUGUCAUUGUUGAUAGAGAGGACCGGCCAUCCUGCAGGAAAUAUGUCUCCUUAUCGAGCGCUGAAAUUGACAAAGCACGAGACUCACUUAAGUCAAGUAUUGUUGACUUAGUAGCGAAUGUAGACGAUCCUCUCCCUAAGGCCUUGGAAAUUGCUGAAAGAAUUGUAUCAUAUGUGGCAGAAGCAAAAAAAUUGCAUCCUGAAGGCGAUGAAAAUAAGGAACAGGGGGCACCUGAUGAGGCCAUCAGAAAAGACUAUGACAGGAUGGAUGGGAAUGUUCCUACUCCAUUUGCUGAUCAUAUUGCAGAACCCUCUCAAGCUAAAGAGGGAAAUGAAGCUUUUACUAGGCCCAAGAAAGUACUAAGGACCGGCUUAAUGGAGAGGAAUAACACUGCUCGCUGUUUUGAGUGGGAGGAUUCAAUUGAUGACACUUCCGAAGAGACAAAUAGUUGUCUGAACAGUUAUACUUUACCAAGCCCCAGAACAAAGCAUGUGUCUCCUCUAAACAUAGACAAACCCAAAAGGUGGGGGAGGAUGAGAAAAAUUAAUAGAUGGACCGACGAGGAAGAAAAGACUUUGACAGAGGGUGUACAAAAGUAUGGAAACCAAUGGGCACGAAUAUUGGAAACCUAUCAGGAAAUAUUUAAAGAUAGAACUGCGGUUGAUCUCAAAGAUAAAUGGAGAAACUUGCUCAGAAAAUGACGUUUGGUAUCAUAAUUCGUUUUGUUCCUUUUUGGUGAACUGUAAUGGUCCUAUAACAAUUGUAUAAUAUGCUCACCGUUGGUACUAGACUAGACUAGAAUUAGUUUAAGCUGUAAAAUGGUCUUUUGGGUUUUUGGUUAUAUAAAAUGGACUGCUACUUAACGAA